AUGAAAUCGUCAAUUUGGUUCUUAUUUGUUCUUAUUUGCUCAUCAAAGUUGAUGAGGGAGGGGUUAGCAAAUCCUAUUACUUCAAAAGCUACUACUUCGGAGGAGCUAGCAAAUCCUAUUCCUUCAGAGUUUACUCCUUCAGAGACCGCUCCUUCAAAAACUGCUUUGAUUGAUUGUGGUUGUACUGCUAUUUGUUUUGGCUGCCCUUAUGAGAUAAAUUGGAUUCAAACUGGACGUGGUUUAUUUGGGAGAUAUUGCACAUGUACAUGCAAUUGCCCACCGAAUCCUUUCUUUCCUAAUCCUACUAAGCCAACACCAUCAACUCCUCAAGUUUCAAAUACACCAACUCCUCAAGUUCCAACCACACCAUCAACUCCUCAAUUUCCAAACACACCUCCAACUACUCAAGUUCCAACUACACCCUUAACCCCUCAAGUCCCAGGGGUACCUCAAGUUCCAAACACACCUCCAACUCGUCAAGUUCCAAGCACACCAUCAACUCCUAAAGUUCCAACUACACCCUUAACCCCUCAAGUCCCAGGGGUACCUCAAGUUCCAAACACACCUCCAACUCCUCAAGUUCCAAGCACACCAUCAACUCCUCAAGUUCCAAGCACACCAUCAACUCCUCAAGUUCCAACUACACCCUCAACUCCUCAAGUCCCAACUACACCCUCAACCCCUCAAGUUCCAAGGGUACCAUUUAUCCCACCCUUCUCAUCUCUAACUUGUGCUGAAACCUCAGUUAAUUUAGGUUUGUGUUGGGCUCGAGCUUCGGUAGGUACAGCUUUUCAUAAUUAUCAAUUGGCUGCAGGAUGUUGUGAUAUGUUUACACAAUGGAGUCGCGGUUGCUUUGGUGGAAAUGACGAAAUUCCAAGAAUCGUCUCCAAUUUUGUUCCUCCAGCUUUGGUUCAAUAUUGUGCAACCCUUCAUUAG